GAGGCGUGCCGUUGGGAGGCGCAGGAGACUGGCGCGGGCCUUGUGGCGGCCAGUCAUGGCGCUGGCAGUGAGACGAGCUCGACAGACCGGACCCAGCCAUGCCGGAGCAGAGCAACGACUACCGCGUGGUAGUGUUCGGCGCCGGGGGCGUCGGCAAGUCAUCGCUGGUGCUGCGCUUCGUGAAGGGCACCUUUCGGGACAGCUACAUACCCACCAUCGAGGACACGUACCGGCAGGUGAUCAGCUGCAACAAGAACAUCUGCACGCUGCAGAUCACAGACACCACCGGAAGUCACCAGUUUCCGGCCAUGCAGCGGCUCUCUAUUUCCAAGGGCCAUGCCUUUGUGCUAGUCUACUCGAUCACAUCUCGACAGAGCCUGGAGGAGCUCCGGCCCAUAUUUGAGGUGAUUAGGGAGGUAAAAGGCAACCAGGAAGAGGAAAUUCCCGUCAUGCUUGUAGGCAACAAGUGCGAUGAAAAUGAAAACAGGGAGGUACCUCACGCUGAGGGAGAGGAUCAGUCUAAAAAGUGGCGGUGCAGCUUCCUGGAAACCUCAGCAAAGAACAACACCAACGUGAAGGAGCUAUUCCAAGAGCUUCUCAAUAUGGACAAAACACGUACAAUGACACUGCAAUUGGACAGUAAGAAAAACAAAUCCCAGAAGGGCACGCGUAAAAUCAAGGAGAAGUGUGAGCUGAUGUAGGGAUCCCUGCUGGCUCGGUGCCAUGAAAAAGUCCACGGCCACAGCUGCCGCCGCUGGUACAAAGACUGUUCGGCGGCGGCGCUGACAGUCGCGAGUUGUCCUGACCGGAUCCGACCCGGAUCUGCCGGUGCUCCUGACCGGAUCCGACCCAGAUCUGCCGGUGCUCCUGACCGGAUCCGACCCGGAUCUGCCGGUGCUCCUGACCGGAUCCGACCCGGGCCUGCCGGUGCUCCUGGCCAGAUCCGACUCGGGCCUGCCGGUGCUCCUGGCCGGAUCCGACCCGGGCCUGCCGGUGCUCCUGGCCGGAUCCGACCCGGGCCUGACGAUGCUCCUGACCGGAUCCGACCCGGGCCUGCCGGUGCUCAUGACCGGGAUCCGACCCGGAUCUGCCGGUGCUCGUGGCCGGAUCCGACCCGGAUCUGCCGGUGCUCGUGGCUGGAUCCGACCCGGAUCUACCGGUGCUCGUGGCUGGAUCCGACCCGAGCCUGACGGUGCUCCUGACCGGAUCCGACCCGGGUCUGCCGGUGCUCCUGGCCGAUAUCAUAGGAGGACUCUCCCGGUGCUCCUUGCCGAUGUCAUAGCAGGACGUUCGCCUCAGUCUGAAGCCGGCGGCGCCCCGAUUCUGGUCGAGCUCGCGCCGAGACCCGGUUCUGCUCGCGCUGCGGCCUGGGCGGGUCGUGUGCAGCGCCGGACAGCCUCGAUACACAGCAGUCGGCGGCUCGCGAGGCGGUGGCGAGUCGCGACUCGCCUCUCGCGAGAUGCGGUUGGCUCCUGCGAGCAGCCGGGCAGGUGCUGUGUCGGUCUGGUGUCGUGACCGCGACACCCGGUCCGCGGCGUCCCCUCGCCGCUGCUGGCGGGAGAGCGUCGCUGGACUUCAUUCGAGCCGUCGCAUCGAUGCAGCUGCACCAGAGCCCCUGGUGGCUCCAUGCCAACGAAUACAAAUGUGACGAACGAAACAACGACCCGGCGUCAGCUGAGCAAGGACGAAAUCAACAUGAUGUGUAGAGUACCACGUCAACGAGCACGAGAGCUGCCGUAUCUGGGCUGCCCGUAACAACUGUCAAAUUGGAAGUGAGGAAGAGACUGGUGUAAGCCUUCUUUGCCACUCGCGCCUGCUACACGUUGCGGUUCUCUGCGUCCAUCUUUUGCGGAUGUGUUUUGCAGGAAGUCAACCUCUAGCCUCUAGCGCGUCGAGCACUGAUGCAGGGGUCAAAACAGCGAGCUUUCUUCGCAACAUUUGGAAGCAUGUGUCUGGUACACUGUCAUGUACUAGCUGCAGUUGUUCAACCGUGCACUUAAAGGCAAUGCCACAUCAUGCAUGUCGGAUUUUAUUCCUAAUGCAGAGUUGUGCUUUGUCGGCGUUACACACGUGAUACCGGAACCAGACGUAGAACAAUCGUUCUGAGAAUCCGAUAGAUAGGGCAUUUCCAGUCGAGGAUCGUUAUCCAGCACAGCGCUCAUGCGCUGCCUCCCUGCUUUGCGUCCCGUGACAACUUGACCCUUCUGUACCAACGAGCGUGAAGGCUCCUCCACCGGCUACUAACGAUGUUGUUCAGUUCUCAUGCAGCUUUUGUUAUCGCUACAGCACGGCUCUCAUCGGUUACCUUCUACUUCUCUUCCCCUCGGUCUUCCAGGAUCGGUAGAUCGGUAGGCCGGUAGAUCGGUAGACCGGUAGAUCGGUAGCUAUUUGUGCACUCGUCAGGGGCUGGGGUCUUCACAUGGCAAUGCUUCUCGUCACUGACUCCACCACAUCGUGAUGGCACGCCUGGUGAACGCAAACGCGUGUAGUUCUCCACGUAGAUGUCCGUUGAUUUCUUCACUCAAAGUUCUCCAUCUCUAGAUGCACACAUGGGUUUGUGAAUGGCAGGCUAACCACACUCACGAGGUGUACUCAAAUGCGUUGUAAGACAUGUUCGGCAAGGGUGAGUUUUGCGUGCUAGACUAGACGGCACUCUGAGGCUGAUGCUGACAAGCGUGUUAUUUUUAAGCUGCAUUUCGUAUAAGUUCUGUCGAUCUGUAGAGGGUUUUCAUCUUGCCCAUUUAUGAGGGGAAUGAUGACACUAUUUUAGCUACUGGCGUAUUCCGUGGUCCUGCUGUCUCACUAGCGUUACACUAGAGUGUGACUGUCGCCCAUGGUGCCGACGUUGCGUGGUCUGUCUGGCAGCAUACCUAUGAAGAGUGAGCCCAAUCGUUCAUGCUGCGCCUUGUUCAGAGUUUCAGCGUAUAUUCUAUGUGCACGUGUGUACCGGCGGCGGGCGACACCUCGCGGGCAGGGGGCCAGCGUGUUAACUUUCGACCAUUGCGCGGUUGGUUCUUCUAGCACUGUUACAUAUACCACCCGCAGAGCUCCCCAUCUUCUGACACUUCUUAGCAGUAGCAGCUUGAACUGCAGCUGGCUACCUGGUGGUCAUGGCAUGGAUAGGAGUUACUUGCAGUGGUGGCAGGCCCCUCUGAAGUGACGUCUUUGCUUUGGUAGAUAUGGAGUUCAAAAAAAUAUGGCAAGCGUUCUUCAAAACGCCUAAGCACCUGACAUUUCUGGACAACCCAUAUGCACAUGGUGCAUGGGUUAUUCACUAAGCGCCUACGCACGUGCGUGUAGCCUGACGCCCUGCAGCACGCAGUGAUGCCUCUCUCCGUUCCGAUCGCCAACAAAUUCCGCAGGUAAUUAUUUUUGUGAAUGAAUCUUUCAAGGACUCCACUGAUGCUUCGGACCAUUGUCCAAUGGUGUGUUUGACCGAGUCGGCUAUAUUUCGCUGGCCCAGUCACUACUCCUAAUACUGACGAUGCACCGUGAGGAAAGAUCGGUUUGCGCGUUUGCCCGUCUGAACGCAGACGGCGCCUCGUUUAUUUUGAUCUUCGAGCUGUGAUGUUGGAAGUUGUGCAGUGUUUUCUGUUGCACCCUCGUAAGUGGUGGUCGUACCUUGUCAACUGUCCAUACGUAGUCACAUAUCACUGAAUAGUUUUCCUGUUGUUGACCCGUCAUCGAAUAAUGUCCAAGCGCUGUGUGUGGGCAGCACCCACAAUUCAUUCUCGAAUUACUAGGUGCAUAGGUUGUUAAAUUCACGCCAUUACGACCGCGUCGGCUGGUGGAAGACUCGCUGGGCAAUAAACCGAUAACAAGGAA